CUACUUGUCUCCCUCCAGCAUGAACAGAACAGAAUCCCGUUAUUUGAAGUACCUAACGAGUAACGACGUUCCGUUACCCGCCGCCUUCCAUCACCCAACUCAGACUCAACUCUGAUCAUACCACCUUCUCUCUCACGACAAAUUCUCCCUCCUCUGCACUAUAAAUAUCAACCAAACCUACAAUAACACCAAUCAUCCAACACUCUCUCUUGUCGAUCUCUAGACCUGCUUCUCGUUCUUCUUCUGCAUCAUCAAUUCAUCAUAAUUUUCUUCUUCUUUCUCUUUUGGGGUGAGAGCGAGAUGGGAGAUGGAAAUGUCAACCUACCUCCUGGUUUCCGAUUCUACCCAACUGAUGAAGAACUCGUCGUUCAUUUUCUCUACAGGAAGGCGGCACUCCUGCCUUGUCAUCCAGAUGUCAUUCCGGAUCUCGAUCUCUAUCCUUACGAUCCAUGGGAGCUCAGUGGCAAAGCGUUGGAAGGGAUUAAUAACCAUUGGUAUUUCUUCAGCCGAAGAACGCCAAAUCGAAUUUCUGCAAAUGGGUAUUGGAAGCCGCUGGGAGUUGAUGAACCCAUCUUCACAGGUGAGAGUAAGAAAGUGGGUAUGAAGAAAUAUCUCGUCUUCUACCUUGGUGAAGCUCCGACGGGGAUCAAAACCAACUGGGUAAUGCAGGAGUACCGCCUUUCAGAUUCUGGUUCCAGUAGUAGGUCCUCUAGAAAGAAAGGAAACUCAAAAAUGGACUCGAGUAGACUGGUCCUCUGCCGAGUCUAUGAGAGGAGUGGUGGCUCUCAGGGGAGCUUCUGCGAUGAAGAUGGAGAUGGCACCGAGCUUUCAUGUUUAGACGAAGUUUUCUUGUCACUAGAUGAUCUCGACGAAAUAAGUUUGCCGAAUUAGAUUGAGGGUUGGUCUACUAAAAUGGGCAACUGUAAUAUUAACAAGUUCUUGGUAAAACAUUAGUAGUGGAUGAACAUAUUUGAAAUCAACUGUGAAUUGUUUUCUUCUCCUUUUCAUCACUGAGAUGGGAUUUUUACGUGCUUGGCUUCUUGGGGGAGAAGAAGGGUAAACGUGGGAGAAGGGGUGGAGCCCAAGCAGCACUGUUAGGCUUGCUGUGCUUUGAGCAAUCCUUCUUGGCUUUUAGCUUUCUUCUCUCUCUCUCUCUCUCUCUCUUUUCUGCUUUGAUGGCCUUUGGUGGUUGUUUUGUGUCACAAAGGUAAGGAGCAAUUCUUGUUUGUUUUUCUUUUUUUUUUUUUUAAUGGGUUCCUGCUUAGGCUAGCAUUUCGUCAUGGGUGUUGUAAGCUUUCACACGUGAAGCAAGUUUACUCAUGUCUGUAUAAACGUUCGGAUCUACCCAAAAAUGGAAAAAAAAGGAAAAUUUGAUUUA